AUGUUACCUGAUCCAGAAUAUUUUGGAAUAUUUUAUCAUGAAGCCUACAAGGUCUUACCAUCACAAUUAAAAAAAAAAAUUGAUUGGAAUAAAUUAAAAAAGAAAUUAACAAAGUUUCGCAAUAAGCCUAGAAAUAAAAUUGAUGUAUUUUACGACAAUGACACAAACGUUCCUCCUGAAAUUGAAUUGCCUGGAAAUGCAUCCGCUUUUGCUGUAUUUGCAUCUAUUCGAUUAGCAGUUUUAGAUAGGUGGAUGCACCAUGCAAGUGAAGAAUAUUUGCACAGUAGCUAUAGUGCUCCUAUACAAGAUGCUGAAAUUGAAAGUGAUACUGAAGAUAAUUCUCAAAGUUGCUGUCAUCAUUCUGUAAAAAUUUCAAAAGUUGUGGGUUUAGGUUUGAGAUCUGUAUUCGAAUUAAUUAGAGAAAGUCGAAUAAGUCACCCCACUCUUUGCAGCAAAGCACUGCUGGCAUUAUUAAAUGUUUUACAAGGACAAUCGCCAGAAGGUUUAAAAUCUGAGCCUUCCGAGGUUAUAGAUCCCUUAUUUGAUUUACUAUUGGAUUUAGCCACUCUUCACGGACCUGAAAGUUCUGUACCGAACGAUGGUACUCAUUUGACAGCAAUAGCCUGCACGUGUUUAUUAUCUUUAAUAAUAGUAAGAGGAGACACAGGAAAAUUUCUCUCUGCUACUGCAGCUUUAUUAAUGUGUCCACGAGCUCUUGCUCUACAAAAUAUUAAGAUGUCCACAGUGUUGUGUUCACUACAAAGAAGCGUUUAUGGAGUACUUCUUGAGAAGAAUAUCAGACCUGACUGGAUUACACAUGGUGUUCUGGAUAAUUCAGUAAUUGAUUCUUUCUGUCUCAAACUUCCCAAUGAAUUAAGCGGAAAACAGAUAAUUAUGAAAGCUCUAGCUUGUGAUGGAUGUUACUUUUAUUUAUUUUCAUCGAAAGGUUUAUUUAAAAUAGGAAGUGGUUUUGGAGGUACUAUAAAAGGCCACAUUAUGCUAUGGAAACCUGAUUUUUAUCCCAAUGACAAUGGAGUUCUGGUGCACUGUGGAGGCAAAAUCUAUCUUAAAUUAUCUGGAAGACAUAAUGGUGAAAUUCUCACAGUUGAUAAAAAUAGUCUUUUAGUAACUGGGUCGAUCUUACUACAUAACAAGGAUGCUUCCUCAUCUAUUAUAUUUUCCGAUGGUGACUAUUUAGGAAUAAUAUCACCAGGAAAAGAUGAUAGCUUUGUGGUUAGAACUUUAAAUCAGAAUAUUUCUCCAGCACCUGUUAUUAACGAAUUGCCAUUAAAACUAGUGAAAAAAUGUAUUGAAGUAUUCGGUACUGCUUUUUUUGAAGAGGAAACUGGAAAUUGUUCAUUCAACGUAGAAAAUGAAGAGGAAGUUGCUGCGAUGGCUUUCGGAAAAGAAUUUGGACUUCUUAGAACUUUUACGGGAAAGGUUUUAUACUGUGGAAAGUCUUCUGCUCUGGGUAUUAAACAGUCUGGAGUUCGCACAGGGAAAUGGUGCGAAUUAAAUUUAACAAAAUCACCAAAAAUUAACCACUUAGCAGUUGGCCAUGAUGGAUUACAUGCUAUUUUAAUUACUGAAGACGGAUCGGUAUUUUUUACAGGUACUGCUCGGAGAGGUGAAGAUGGGGAUCAAAGUAAAGUUAGAAGGCAGGUGAAGCCUGUAAAGCCAAAAAAAAUGAUCAAAAUAGAGGAUCAUCAUAUUGUGGGUGGUGCAUGUAAUAAUGGAACGACAGCAUUAAUCAAUUCAAAUGGUGAACUCAUUUUGUUUGGUAAAGAUACAGCUCAUACAGAUCCUGCAACAGGAAUAGUGACUAGUUUAAAAGGAACAGUUAUAGUUCAGGUAGUUCUGGGUAAAGCACAUGGAAUGGUGUUGACAAAUAAAGGACACGUAUACACAUUUGGCAUUAAUAAUAAGUACCAGUGUGGAAGAGAUUUCAUGCUAUCAAAAGAUGAACACGUUUCUCAUGUAACCGCUAUGGAGACAUGUGGUGUCCAAGAAGAAUGUGAUUUUUGUAACGAAACUAACGUGCCUAAUGAAUGUUCUGCUGUAUCUGAAGCUGGCGAAAAUUUAGCAGAUUCCAUUCAAAACAUAUGCCCUCCUGGAAUGCAUUCCUGGCAUGAUGAUAUGUGUAUGAUUUGUUCUGUAUGUCGAGAAUGUACUGGAUAUUCUGUUAAUUGUUUAUCUUCAAUCAGUUCAGAGAGAAAUCCCGGACAGGAAUGCGGUUGUGGUGAAGGUGACAGUGGUUGUUCAAUAUGUGGUUGUUGCAGAAUCUGUGCUCAUGAAGUCGUAGAUAACUCGGAUUUUGCAAAUUUAAGCGAAAUGAUAAAAUUUAAUCUAACUAACGAUAAAAUUUCGGUACCACAAAAAUGCAAAGUACAAGAACAGAUACAAUGGCGAUUGGAUGCAAAAAAGUGCAAAUCAAAGAAGUCAGUCCAGCUUAGUAAACAACCGAUGAAAUCAAAAUUCCCCAGGUCAACUAGUAAUUCAGCCAGCACUACAACCAAAAUAGAUAGUGUUAAACAAAGUAGCACCGUGGGAAUAGCCAAAGAUCAAUCUGGUUCUGAUGUGGAGAGAGAUGCUACGAAAAUAACUUGCUUGCCACCCGCAAAAAUUUCUUUACCAUCUGACAGUCCAGUUGUACAAAUAGCUUGUGGUUUACAUCACAGUAUGGUUCUAUUGCGGAACGGUCAGGUAAAUUCUUUUUAUCGGAUAAAUUUCUCUUUUUAUUAAAUCCAAGGGCUUGCAAGUAAGUCCGGUCCUGUAAUUCAUGUUCAACAUAAUAAUACCACAUAUGAUAAAACAACCAGAAUUAUAUCACGUUGUCGGCACCUUUGAUCACUGAUGUCUUU